UGUUUUAUAGAAGGAAUAAAUUUUGUACUUCGUAGUGGUGAAAAUGGUUCAAAAUUGAAUUAUUUGGGUGUGAUCACGAAUUUUUAAAAUAUGUUUGAUAAUUUCAAUUAAUAACGAAUGCAGUGAAUAGUACAAACCAUCAUCUUCGACACAACGUUAGGAAUAACAAAUUUGAUAGUAUGUCUGAUGCUGGCUCUAGCGGAUCCGGACGCCGUGGAACGACAGUUACCGAAGGCGCAAAAAACGAAACAAAAGAAUCCAAACCCAACGCCAAGAUGUCCAAAUCUAUCAAUGCUUCUUCUAAGCGGAUACAAAGAGAAUUGGCCGAAAUCACUCUAGAUCCUCCGCCGAACUGCAGCGCUGGACCGAAAGGCGAUAAUCUCUACGAAUGGGUGUCAACAAUAUUAGGACCUCCCGGAUCAGUAUACGAGGGUGGCAUUUUCUUUCUCGAUAUUCAUUUCACUCCUGAAUAUCCUUUCAAACCACCUAAAGUGACUUUCAGAACAAGGAUUUAUCACUGCAAUAUCAAUUCUCAAGGUGUCAUUUGCUUGGACAUUUUGAAGGAUAAUUGGUCUCCAGCGUUAACUAUUUCCAAAGUUUUAUUAUCCAUAUGUUCCUUGUUGACAGAUUGCAAUCCUGCGGACCCUUUGGUAGGAAGUAUAGCGACUCAGUACUUACAGAAUAGAGAAGAACAUGAUAGAAUUGCCCGUUUAUGGACCAAACGUUAUGCUACCUGAUUGCAAAGCGACGAAAAAUAAUUUCUUUUCUCAAUUUUUAUUAAAUACUUUAUCAAUCGUAGGUUAUAGAAAAAUUUUAUGUUUAUUUUAUGUUAUUUGUGAUAACUGUUGUAAGACUGAGGACAUCAGAAAAAUUUCUUGAAAUUGCUGGCAUUUUUGAUCCUCUAAUUGCCGAGAAGAAAUUUUUAGACAAUUCAGGUUCCUAAUUUUACAAAUACUUGCAUUAUCUUGAAAUCGAAUAUUAUUUUUCAUUUUUGCUUUGUUGUCUCGGAGAAUACAAUGGCUGACUGAUGUAUUCGUUAUCAACGAUUUUUACUAAAAUUGUGUAUUUUAUUAUUCGAAAAUUAUUCGGCAGUGUUCUUGAUGAACUUUUACUUUUUAAAGAAGUAUAAACGAAAUUUUCGUAACAAAAUUGGAAUGUAAUGUAAUCUGAUGGGAACAGUAUAACCAGUUUGCGCAUUCGUUAAUUAUGAUUUAUGAAUUUAGUUAGUGUGUUUAUUUUUUUGCUUAUUUUAAAAUAAACACAUAUCAUUUUCAUUGUAUUACGUAUGAAUGUUGUGUAUUGUGUUGGAAAUCAAUUUCCGAAAUUGUAGCGCGUAUCAUCUGGAAACCAAUUUCAAGCGAAAUAAAUCCUACGAUCUGUAAGCGAUUUUGUACAAGUGAUUUGCUUGUUAAUUAAUUAUUAUUAUUAUUUAUUAUAAUUAUUUUCUUUUUUUCUCUUCUUUUAAAGUACGUCAUUCUUUGUAAAAUACGCUAUUUUCAGUUUCCUUUUAAUUGCUUUUGCGACGAGUUGUAAUUUUAACUAGAUGUAUUUUUCGGGAAUGUGCUGGCUAUGUGUUUAUAUUGCUGUAAAUUACACUUUUCCGUAAA